CCCGGCGAGCCCCCGCGUGCGCCCGCUCGCCCGCCGCCCGAGACGCAGGCUUCACGAUGUAGCGGGACCCCCGGCCCCCACUCUCAGGAGAUGGAAGCAGAGCAGAAGCCAGGAGGGAGGUGCCCAAGUGAGCCAGAGUGCAGAGGGAGGGAGGAGCGGCGCAUCCGCGUGGUGGCCUGAAGCCUCCAUGCCACGCGGGAGGAGGGACACGCAGACGUCCAGAGGAGGUUUCUCUUGCAGAAGCCAAAGAUGUUGACCAGGAAGAUUAAGCUCUGGGACAUAAAUGCCCACAUCACCUGCCGCCUGUGCAGUGGGUACCUCAUUGAUGCGACCACGGUGACCGAGUGUCUGCACACGUUCUGCAGGAGCUGCCUGGUGAAGUACCUGGAGGAGAACAACACCUGUCCCACCUGCAGGAUAGUGAUCCACCAGAGCCACCCGCUGCAGUACAUUGGUCAUGACAGAACCAUGCAGGACAUCGUUUACAAGUUGGUGCCAGGCCUCCAGGAAGCGGAAAUGAGGAAGCAGAGGGAGUUCUACCACAAGCUGGGCCUGGAGGUGCCGGGCGACAUCAAGGGGGAGGCGUGCUCCGCAAGACAGCACUUGGAUCCCCGCAAUGGUGAGACCAAAGCAGACGACAGUUCACACAAAGCCACCACAGAGGAGAAGCAGGAGGAGGAUGACGACUACCACCGGAGUGACGAGCAGGUGAGCAUCUGCCUGGAAUGCAACAGCAGCAAACUGCGGGGUCUGAAGCGGAAAUGGAUCCGCUGCUCAGCGCAGGCCACGGUCCUACACCUGAAGAAGUUCAUCGCCAAGAAGCUAAACCUCUCCUCCUUCAACGAGCUGGACAUCUUGUGCAACGAGGAGAUCCUGGGCAAGGACCACACCCUCAAGUUCGUGGUGGUCACACGGUGGAGGUUCAAGAAGGCCCCCCUCCUGCUGCACUACAGACCCAAGAUGGACUUGCUGUGAGCCUGGCUCUUCAGACUGGCCCUGUGUCCCAGGGGCCACACAGCCAUGCGCAGCACCCGCAACAGAACUUGCUUCUGGGUGCCGGGUGGACCAGACUUCUGAAUAGAGAAUAUUUAUAACUUUUGUACAAGAGAAUCCACACCCUACAAGACACUACCAGCACGUGUUUACAGAGGAUGAAAACACUUGCAGUUCUGCGCAGCCGCACGUGCUUACCCACCGCAGGCCCUCGGCCGGCAGGCGCGGCACGAGGCUCCAGGUCACCAUCCCACAGACCUCCGCUCGCUUUCCAGGUCUCGAGAAUCUGAGUUCAUUUCAGUUUAGUUCACGGAUCGGUUUCUUAAUAAGCCUCAAAAAUGCCGUACUUUUAUUGAGUCCUUCCUAAGUUAUUGAAAAAGUCUUUUCAUGGUAAAUAUUUAUGUUGCCUUUAGCUUCCUGAAGACUUAGAAGAUAUAUAAAGAUUUAAUUUAAAGCAUACCAAAAGAGGCUUGCGUUGGUACUGAGUGGGCACUAGUGUCCACCCCGCCUCGGGCAGCACAGUCCAGGCAUGCGUCCAGGUGCACGUGUGGGGCUGGAGGGCCCGUGCCACCCAGGCUCCCAGCAUGGCUCUGGCGCACCGGCUGGCAGACCAGAGGUGGCUCAGCCCGCUCAGCACGGGCCUAAAGACCCUUCUUGUUUUUAAAAAUCUCAUUUAUUAAAAAGGGCACAGAUUGUUUGGUGCCAUCAUUUAGUUUCCUACAUUGUCCUCCCCGUUUCUGUGCUAAGGAAGAGUGUUGGGCAGGGGCUUGUCAGACCAGUGUGGGGUUGGGGUGCUGGUGCUGGGUGCCUCCAAGCAAGACCAGCAGGGUUCUCCCUCCUGUAGAUGGAGGCCACUGUGCUUUCCCACCCUUGUCCCAGGAAGGUGCUGGGUUGGGGUGGGCAGGCCCAGGGGAAGCAGCUCCCCCAGCACAUCUUUCCCUGGUCACAGGCAGGGUGCUUUGUGCCAGCCCGCCCUGCUCCCCAGUAUCGCGUUGCUGUUGAGUUAGAGGAUGAGUUCUGCCAGCAAGUACACGCAGACCCCCACCCACGGCAGGGGGGCGGUCCUGGAGCUCCAGCAUAGGAGUCCUGGUGUUUCUGGGGAGCUUUGGGACCCCUCUCUCGACCCUGCAGGGCAAGCAUUACCCUGACCCCAUGGUCCCUGCCAGGUGCUGCCCACCAGUUCUUGUUGGGUAAAUGGGAGUCUCGGUCUGAGGCCAGGUCACCAGGAGGCCUCACCAAGGCCUGGGGUUUUCCUGGGAUUUGCUUGGAAAGCUGUGGUGGGCUGUCAGCAUCCAGCUCUGCUUAUUUUCUUCUGCUUCCUGCUUCACUUACACAGAAUGUCGGAAGCAGCAGCCGUGAGACCUAGUGUGAGGGGCAAGGAAGCAUCGGAGUAGCUGGUCCAGUUCCUGGUCCUUCUGAAGCAGACACGUGCUGUGAGGGGCUGGUCAGAGCCCACCUCCUCGAAUAAGCCAGGGCCAUGAGAGUUAGUGCUCCAGGCUUGCUGUUCAGCACAUGGUCUCUAGGGUUGCUCUACAAGGAUUUAUGAGCAAGCAUUACCUGUCUACCUCAAAACACGUACUGCUGAAGCCUCCCACAGAGCCACGUUGUCACAGAGCACUUCUAAGUGUGACGUUAGAAUGUAGGUACGUCCUGUGUGGUGAAACUAAAGAGAGGUUUGACACGUGAGCCUCCAGAUUCGAAUCGAGCUGGUUCACACAAGAAUGAACCCCACUGUGCAGCCUUCUGGUGUGUGUGUGGCCUGCGGAUGCCGUGGAGUCCCGGGACGUGCUAUGGUGCUAAGUUGAGAGCUCUGCCGCAGCAUGGUGGACGCCGCGGCCAGCAGCCCUGCUCCUGUCGCUGCAGUAACUUGACCAAACCUCAGCAGCAAAAGUACCUAUUUUUCUAAGAUUCCAUCGCGUGGCUGUCUUCUCUGCAGGACGGCCAGUGCCCUUCGCCCUUGGUCUGAUGCGUAGCCUUACCUAGUCAGAGCCUGGAGCUGACGAGCCUGCCUCGCCUGCAGGCCUGAGGGAGCUUGUCUGACUCCAGGCCGCCCGUGUUCCAGCAUGACCACCAGGGCCAGUUAGCACACCUUGCAGAGCCUCCUGGCUGAAGGAGCCUGCGGGGCGGUUUCUCAUGGCGUGCUCAUGCAGCGAGCGCAGUGAGGUGGCUCGCGGGGCCACUUGGACAGACUGGCACCCACCUCCCACACGUGGUCCACUAGGUGCCCUGUUCACAGGAGUGUAAGACUCAGAUAGAAUAUAUAAUAUUGGAUUUAAAAUGCGGGGGGGGUGGGUUAAAGAAAACUUUAUAAAAUUAUUUAUUCUACUUUAAGCCUUCUAUCCUAUUUCCCAUCCCUCCUCCAGCUUCGGUGUCCAGCUUUACUUGCUGGCGUGUGGGAUGAACUCAAGGUGUCUGGAGCUUCUGCUCUGCGUAGCGUCACACCUGUGUUUCGCAAGGUGACGUGCAUUCACCUGCUUCUGUUCGAUAGGCCCAGCGUGCCUCCAGGAGCCGCAUGCAGACCAUGGCAGCUCGGUUUUGCUGCAGGAGAAGGGAGGGCAGAUGGGAUCCCAAAACACACGCAUGCAGCCGUCUGGCUAUUCCUCUUGGUUGCUGUCACCAGGACGCUGCUCCUGAGGCUGUGGGAAAUCUGCUAGUGGUGUUCAGCAGGGUGGCCCAUGGCCCCCAGUUCAUGUGGCCAGGCUGGGCCACACCCGAGGUGGCCCUGGGGUCUGAUUUGGUUUCUAAAUAGAACACGCAAGACGUCACUUGGCGGUCUGUAGUGUGCUGUGGGCAGCCUCCCCGUCACACGUGAGCACGCGGCGUGUCUAGAGCAUCAGGGGCAUUGUCGGGUAGCUAGGUCACAAUCAGUUCCCCGCUUCCUCAGGAACCCACGCCAGCUCCCCAUAUCACAUGACCUUAGCUCAAAACACAAGUGUGUCUCUGCCUUGAUCUUGAAAUACACCAAGGAAACAGAUGGAGAUAAGCAAGUUGGAAAUGAUCAAUGUUAGGACUGCACCGUGGACUCACCAUGCCCGUGCCCACCAGGCAGGGGUCAGCGUGGGAAGGACAGGCUGAGCGCCCAAGGUGCCUGGCUUCAGGGGAGCGUCACCUCAGUGGUUCAGCCCAGCUGCAGGGGGGACGCAGGGCUGGGACACAGCACUGGCUGGUGUCCCUGGCCUGGGCAGGUGAUGGGGCAGACCUGGGCACUGAAUGUGUGGCUUGCAGUUCAUGUGCUCAUCCUUUCGUUGGUGUGAUUUGUACCUCGGUGGCGGCUUCUGUCUGAACUCUGGGGAAUACUCCUGAUGCUUGACUUCACGGCCGUGGAGCUUAUACUCAGUGUUUGCCACUCAAUAUUAUAUGCUUGUAAUAAAAGCAGAAGAAAACCUACCGCAUCUCCUGGGCUGGAAGUUUAUUACGUCAGGUGUUUGUGAGCAUGAGACCCUUGACCUGCUGGAGAACAGCUGGCCCUGCCUGUGCCUGGGCUGGAACCGUCAGAGAAGACUGCGCCUGAGCUGAGGACGCAGACUUGCUGACCCCUCAGUGUGGCCGAGGGCCAUCUGCCUGGCAUUCACCUUAUACCAGGCAGUCCAGAUCACCUGGAGACGAGUGAGCCUGGUAGGCAGCAUCAUGGGUGGGUCCUGGGAACAAUCCCUGGGUGCCUGUAAGUGUGGCAGGAGAUGCUGCAGUGUGCAGCCCACUCAGGCCUGCCUUGCCUGCAUUAGGGCACGUGCUUACCACACACGUGUGCAAAAGCACACGGUCCUUCCAGGCUUGUGUCCUCAUGCUCCAUGUUGCCCUGGCAUGGAGGUCAUUUCAGUGGCCUAGCGAAGGGCAUCGGGUUUGCAGAGGUUGUUGGCUUGGAGCAGCUCUGCCAACAGGGGUGCUGCUGGAAGGUGUGCUGGCCCCAGCAGGGGCAUGACAGGCCCGUGUUCCACUGUAUAUUCAACGGUUUGCCCAGAAACACAGUGUUGAAAACCUGAGGAAACGAGCAUUGGAAGGCCAGGAAGACUGCUGCUGGGCUACAGUCGGAGCCGGGGUGAGUGUGAUCUUGGGAAUCUCACUUGACCUCUGCUUUUCUUACCUUUGGCGGGUCGCCGGCCCCAUUGUACGGGUGUGAAGAUCUUGCAGAACCCUGUGCUGGUGUUGUUGUCCCAGGUGCUGGAGUGAACCGGAGCAUGUGGGACGAGAGCCUCAGGACCUCCUGCUCAUUGCCACCCAGGCUGGCAGAGGGCAGCAUGUGCCAGGAAGGUCAGUGGCGCCAGCUCGGAGGGGCACCACUCUAUGGACACAGUGGGGCCUGUGUCCAUAGAGCAGUGACUGGGUAGUGACAGGGCAUAAUCAGGGCCUCUGCACGCUGGCCGCUACUCAAGCCCCACUCCAGCCAGAUGUCCUGUGGGGGCAGAGGCCUCCUCUAAGAUGCAGCUGCCCCUGGGUGCCUGUGCCCAGCUGCUUUUCCUAGAGGAGGUGAGACAGUGGCUCUCCUGGUGGAACACAGUGAGGCUGUCCUUUGUGCGGUUUGCUGUGCCCUGUGAGCAGUGUUGAGUCCUCUGGGCCGCACUGGCUGCACCCCGAGCCUGGCCUGCAGUGGCAAGGCCUGUGGCCAAGUUGCCGGCUCUUCAGCUUAUCUUUUUCUCCUCUUUCUCUUUGGUAGAUCAAUUAUUUUUUUCAUCUUGGUGAGGUCAAAUUUAUCCAUAUUUUCUUUUUUGGAUUCUUUGACUAUGCUUUUGGCGUCAUAUCUAAUAAACUAUUUGCCAAAU